GCAUUUCGCUGCUUUCGUUUCCCUUCUUCAAUAAGGAGAAUACUCUCUACUGUAUCGAAAUUCAGAAUUCUCCAGAAUUCCUUCUUGAUCUUCCUUCAAUGGCCACUCUCUCCGCGUUUUCUUCUCCUUCCUGGCCCAACCCUAACUCUAAUUCCAACUCUAGUUCUAAUUCUGGUCCGGCUUUCAUUUCCCCCGAGGACCCUGCCGGCCAUACGAAAGCCCUUGACUCUCUCUCCGCCAUGACUCUGCAGAAUCAGGAACAACCUGAUCAGCAUCCGACCGCAAACCCCACUACUCCUGAUACGAACUUCAAUUCCCCCAUGUCUAGCCCGCUGGAAUCCGCCUCAUUGUCGACGCCUACUUCUCUGCUGCACCUCUGCUUCAACCAGGACCAUGGCUGCUUCGCCGCGGGAACGGACCAUGGGUUCCGGAUCUACAACUGCGAUCCAUUUCGUGAGAUUUUCAGGCGAGACUUUGACCGAGGUGGCGGCGUCGGGGUGGUGGAGAUGCUCUUCCGGUGCAACAUCCUGGCACUGGUUGGUGGCGGACCCGACCCGCAGUACCCGCCCAAUAAGGUGAUGAUCUGGGACGACCACCAGAGCCGCUGCAUCGGUGAGCUUUCCUUCAGGUCCGAAGUAAGGGCGGUCCGGCUCAGGAGGGACCGGAUCAUCGUCGUUUUGGAGCAGAAGAUAUUUGUGUACAACUUUGCUGACCUGAAGCUGCUGCACCAGAUCGAGACAAUCGCGAACCCUAAGGGCCUAUGCGCUGUGUCGCAAGGUGCCGGGUCGCUGGUUCUUGUAUGCCCGGGCCUUCAGAAGGGACAGGUCAGAGUCGAGCAUUACGCGUCCAAGCGGACCAAGUUCAUCAUGGCCCAUGACUCGAGGAUCGCCUGCUUCGCGCUCUCACAGGACGGCCACCUGCUUGCUACGGCCAGCACCAAGGGGACUCUCGUUCGGAUUUUUAAUACCAUCGACGGCACCCUUCUACAAGAGGUGAGGAGGGGUGCUGACAGAGCAGAGAUUUAUAGUUUGGCAUUCUCUUCAAAUGCUCAAUGGCUAGCAGUUUCAAGUGAUAAAGGCACUGUCCAUGUUUUUAGUCUUAAAGUGAAUUCUGGAUCACCAGUGAAUGAUAACCAGCGAACUGCAUCCGAUGCUAAUCUUUCUGUUUCAUCACCCACUUCAUCUCUUUCGUUCAUCAAAGGAGUAUUGCCCAAGUAUUUCAGCUCAGAAUGGUCUGUGGCUCAGUUUCGCUUGGUUGAGGGAUCUCAGUGUGUUGUUGCCUUUGGACACCAAAAGAAUACAGUCGUAAUUCUGGGCAUGGAUGGCAGCUUCUAUAGAUGCCAGUUUGACCCGGUGAAUGGUGGAGAGAUGAGUCAGGUAGAAUAUCAUAAUUUUCUGAAGCCAGAAGCUGUGUUCUGAAACGGUAUCUCCAUUUUCAAUAUCUUGGUGACAUAUUGUAUUUUUAAGCACUUCUACUUUUUUUUCUUUUUCCUCGGCUCGCCGAAUCUGGCGAUACAUACAUACUUUUUAAGACGUAAAUGUAAAUAUGCAUAUGGGUAUGUACAUUUCUGUACAGCGUGUUGCUCGACUCCAUAAGAAAAUCAGAAAGGUUCGGUGGGUGAGUUGGGAAAAUUGGAAUGCAACUGGAAUUUUAAGCACA